GUAAACGCAAAUAUUGUUGAAUCUAAAGUUGAACUUGUAGACAAUAAUAUUAAUAAUUGUUACAUAUUUUGUAAUUUUAUUAUUGCAGUUACAAUAUGGAGAAAAAUUUAGACAGGAUAAUGGAGGAACUAAUUAACAAGCCAGGUGUUUAUGGUUGUGUUUUCGCUGACCAUCAAGGAUUAUGUUUAGGAGUGAAGGGAAAAGCAUCUACUGAUAGUGCAGGUGUUAUCGCUGCGAUUGCAGAACAGGCUGCAAAGUUAGAACCAAAAAGCAAAAUGCCUGUUAUUCACUUAGAAAAAGAUAACAAAUCAUGUACUAUCCACAGAAGCGGAACUGUCACUGGGGCUGUUUUCAAAAAUGUUCUCUAGUUGUUAACCUAAGAUAUAUAUAAAAUAUUUAGUUAGUACAGAAACGAGCAGUUGUAAUA